AUGGCGGCGCGCAAGGGUCGGCGGCGCACGUGUGAAACCGAGGAGCCCAUGGAGGCCGAGUCCCGCGAGGCUGGGUCCGAGGGCCCAGCCCAGGUCUACCUGCCCGGCCGGGGGCCGUCGCUGCGCGAAGGAGAGGAGCUGGUCAUGGACGAGGAGGCCUACGUGCUGUACCACCGGGCGCAGACAGGCGCCCCCUGCCUCAGCUUUGACAUCGUCCGGGAUCACCUCGGGGACAAUCGCACAGAGCUGCCUCUGACCCUCUACCUGUGUGCCGGGACCCAGGCGGAGAGCGCCCAAAGCAACAGAUUAAUGAUGCUCCGGAUGCACAAUCUGCACGGGACCAAGCCCCCGCCAUCAGAGGGCAGCGAUGAGGAGGAGGAAGAGGAGGAUGAAGAGGAUGAAGAAGACCGGAAGCCUCAGCUGGAGCUGGCCAUGGUGCCCCAUUACGGAGGCAUCAACCGAGUCCGGGUGUCCUGGCUGGGCGAGGAGCCGGUGGCGGGGGUGUGGUCAGAGAAGGGCCAGGUGGAGGUGUUCGCGCUGCGGCGGCUCCUGCAGGUGGUGGACGACCCCCAGGCCCUGGCCGCCUUCCUCCGGGACGAGCAGGCUCGCACGAAGCCUAUCUUCACCUUCGCCGGCCACAUGGGCGAGGGCUUCGCGCUGGACUGGUCCCCCCGAGUGCCCGGGCGCCUGCUGAGCGGUGACUGUCACAAGAACAUCCACCUCUGGACCCCCACGGACGGCGGCUCCUGGCACGUGGACCAGCGGCCCUUCGUGGGCCACACGCGCUCCGUGGAGGACCUGCAGUGGUCCCCGACCGAGGACACGGUCUUCGGCUCCUGCUCCGCCGACGCCUCCAUCCGCAUCUGGGACAUCCGGGCCGCCCCCAGCAAGGCCUGCAUGCUCACCACGGCCGCCGCCCACGACGGGGACGCCAACGUCAUCCACUGGAGCCGCCGGGAGCCCUUCCUGCUCAGCGGCGGGGACGACGGGGCCCUCAAGGUGUGGGACCUGCGGCAGUUCAAGUCCGGCUCCCCGGUGGCCACGUUCAAGCAGCAUGUGGCCCCCGUGACCUCCGUCGAGUGGCACCCCCAGGACAGCGGGGUCUUCGCAGCCGCGGGCGCAGACAACCAGAUCACACAGUGGGACCUGGCGGUGGAGCGGGACCCCGAGGCGGGCGACGCGGAGGCCGAGCCCGGGCUGGCGGACCUGCCCCAGCAGCUGCUGUUCGUGCACCAGGGCGAGACGGACCUGAAGGAGCUGCACUGGCACCCGCAGUGCCCGGGGCUGCUGGUGAGCACCGCGCUGUCCGGCUUCACCGUCUUCCGCACCAUCAGCGUCUGA